AUGAGUGAACCUGAUAACUAUAUAACCGAAGAUGCCGAGCAACGAGAAUUGCUUGUUAGCAAUGUUCUUCAACUUCAAACACAACUACGUGUGGAUUCUGCAAAAAGUGAGCAUCACUCAUUGUUGACCGAGAACCAAAUGCUGCAAAAAUACAUUAACAACUCGCUUACGUCGACUGCUGUAUUUGGGGCUACGCAGACCAAUGCAGGUGCAUCGUCGCUAGCCAACAAGUCGUCGGAUUAA